AUGACGAAUGCUUCUCUCCCCGUAGCAGCCCAGGUGCACAUGGGCCCAGCAACCGCAGCCGCGGAGGCAGCACUCGCCCGCCGCGCCGCCGACCCGCUGCCCGCGCUCCGCCGCCGCGACGCGCUCCCGCUCCCGGCGCGCCUCUUCGCGCAGCUCCACGCUCUCGUCCUCACCGCCGGCCUCGCGCGCCAUUCCCCCAACUUCUCCCUCCUCCUCCGCCUCGCCUCCCCUCUCCUCCCCGUCUCCCACCGCCUCCGCCUCCUCCUCUCCUCCCCGCUCCCGCCCACCACCUUCCUCGCCAACUCCCUCCUCCUCGCCUCCUCCUCCUCCCGCUGCCUCCCCUCCGCGCUCUCCCUCUACGCCCUCCUCUUCCUCUCCUCCUCGCCGCCGCUCCUCCGCCCCAACGCCUUCACCUACCCGCCGCUGUUCCGCGCCGCGCCUCCGGCCCUCGCCCUCGCGCUCGCCACCCAUUCGGUCAAAUUCCUCGGCGCCCAUGCUGCCUCCUGCGACCGCGUCCUCGGUGCCGCGCUGCUCGGCGUCUUCGCGCGCUGCGGCAGGAUCGCCUCAUGCCGCCGGGUGUUCGACCGGAUCGCGCACCCCGACCUGCCGGCCUGGAACGCGCUGCUCUCCGCCUACGCGCGUCUUCGUGCCAGGGACGUGGCCUGCGCCACCUCUGCGGCGGAUGCAAUCCUCGAGCUGUUUGUGCGGAUGCUAUCCUUAGCCAUUGAACCCAACGAGAUCACGCUCGUCGCCGUCAUCGGCGCGUGCGGCGAGCUUGGCGCUGUCAGCCACGGGGUGUGGGCGCACACCUAUGCCGUGAAGCGCCGGCUCGCCGUCAACUGCAUCGUGGCCACGGCGCUUGUGGAGAUGUAUGCCGGGUGCGGGAGGCUGGACCUGGCCGAGCAGGUCUUUGCAGCCGCUUCGGACAGGGACACGCGCUGCUACAAUGCGAUGCUCCAUGGCUUGGCAGUCCAUGGCCAUGGCCGUGCUGCCCUCUCCCUGUUGGACAGAAUGCACGGUGCGGGCGUGCCGGUGGAUGGCGUCACUGUGCUAUCCGUGAUGUGUGCUUGUGCCCAUGCUGGAUUGGUGGAUGAAGGUCUGGACUACUUCGACAGAAUGGAGAUCGAAUUCGGGAUUGAGCCAAGGAUUGAGCAUUACGGAUGCAUGAUUGACAUGCUGAGCCGGGCUGGUCGACUUAACAAUGCCGAGAAGCUGAUCCACGAAAUGCUCAUCGUGCCAAAUGCCGCGAUAUACAGGUCUCUGAUCCGGGCCUGUGGCAUUCAUGGCAAGCUGGAGCUCGGUGAGAAGAUGAUCGCAGAAUUGAUGCGACUUGAACCGGAUGACAGUGGAAACCAUGUCCUGAUUUCAAACUUCUAUGCGAGAACGAACCGAUGGGAGGAUGCCAAGAAGGCGAGGAAGGAGAUGAAGUCCAUGGGCAUUGACAAGAACCCUGGAUCAAGCCUUGUAGACAUCAAUGGAGUUCUCCAUGAGUUCUUGGUGGGUGACAAGACACACCCUGCCUCAAAGGAGAUAUACACCAUGGUUGAGGAGAUAGAAACCAGGUUAAUCGAGUGCGGACGCCGGUCGAGCACCUCGUCUGCGUUGUUUGAUGUCGAGGAGGAGGACAAGGCGGAUACACUGUCCUACCACAGCGAGAGGCUCGCCAUUGCCUUUGCUCUGAUCGCUUCCAAUCCAGGAGCUCCCAUUAGGAUCAUCAAGAAUCUCCGGGUGUGUGCCGAUUGCCAUGAGAGCGCAAAGCUUGUAUCUCGGGUGUAUGGUAGAGAGAUUGUCAUGAGGGACCGUACCCGGUUCCAUCACUUCAGAGACGGGGUGUGUUCUUGUGGAGAUUUCUGGUAAAUACUCGUUGUGUUGUAUUGUACAUUAUACAGUGUAAUGUGCUGUAGAUUUCUCUCAUAAUUCUGUGGUAAUGGGAUGUGCUGUACUGGUCUCACACAUUUGCUCGAGAUCACAGGCUGUGUUUAGUUCCACGCUAAAAUUGAAAGUUUGAAGAAAUUAGAACGAUGUGACAGAAAAGUUGGAAGUUUGAAGAAAAAAGUUGGAAUCUAAAUAGGGCCACAGUUCAUUCGGUUGUA